ACUUUCUGCGUCACGUCACGAUGAAUUCUAUGCGAGAGAAACUCAACCCAUUGAGAACCGCCAAAUGAGAUUGCUGGGAUUCACAGUGACGUCAGUACCUCUUGCUGCCGAUACGUCCCCUACCCAAAACUCGUCAAUGAGUGAUCACAGAGUUAACAUUCCCUUCUUCUGGAGUAUAUCCAACGAGUAUGCAUAUCCUGGAGAAAUUUCGAAUGCCGUGUGCAUGGCGAGGAAGUGCCAAACAGAUAUCCGUAGACGCCGUGAUUCCGCUCUUCGCGGUACCAGCUUUAGCGGUAAUCGCGGCUCAGACGCUGUUUUGCACUAUUAUUAUUUUCGUAACCACACCAGUACUCGUCCACUACUUACAUCACAAUUUCCUGCGAUUUCUCCUACGAACGAAAUUCUUCUUUGUCUGGACAAUUGUCAGUGUGAUAAUGCUUAUGCUAGUCUUUGAAAUAACUGUGGUUCCAUUAUUGGAGAUUUUACCUGAGGAGAAUUUGGUAUUUAUUAUUUGUGUUGUUGGUGGAAUUUGGUGUGGAUAUUUGACUAGACUCAAAGCAGAUCGCAUGACUCAAAAUGCUGGUCAAGGUUUGGAGCUUGGUGAAGGAAGUGGAGAGCUCUGCCUGAUCUGCAGAAGAAGGACACCUCCUAGGGCAUAUCACUGUCGAACGUGUCAGACUUGUAUCCUUGGCAGAGAAUACCAUUGUAAAUGGUUGGAUUGCUGCAUUGGAUCUAGUAACUUGAGGUGGUACUUAGCCUGUCUCUUAUUCUCAGCUAUAGCAUUCAUCUAUGGGUCAAAUCUGACGAUGACUAGUGUUUGCCAUCCGUUCAUUUUAAUUGCAACAGUUCUGUUACCGGACGAUUGCAGUGACGUAUACUAUCAGUUAGACAUCGCCCUCUGCUUCGUGUCGGCAAUCUACAGCCUCCUCGUUGGUUUAGUCCUCGUGUGCUACCUGAUAUAUCAUCUUUGGUUGAUAUACCUCGGGACGACGUCGAAUGAACGACGCAACCUCCCUCCAAGCAGUCAUUACGGAGAGAGUGUACUGAAGAGUCUAUCACCGAUAUUCUGUUGUAAAGUUUAAGGACAGAGAUCGAAUGUAAUGGAUCUGUAUUAGAAAAUUGGAAGUACUCUGCAUUGAGGAGUAUCCAUAUUUCCUACGCGUAGCGGCAUUGAUCAUUCUCACGAAUCAGUAAGACCAAAAAAACGAUAUUACGCGAUACCAAGUAUAUACAUUACUUUUACACUUUAUGGUAUAUGCAAUCGCGGCCGAUCGAUAAACCUUUUUAUGUUCACUAGCGUCUGUAACUUUCCUCUGACUCUCUCCUACCUCUUUACCUGCCUCACUUGUUCUCUUCCUUAGGUAUAUUCAAUCUUGAGCUCUCAUCAAUAUUUUGAUGAUUUGAUAGUGAACGUCGGUGCAUUGUAUCGCAACGAGGAAGUGAUCUCUAUUAAAAAUCUCGUUUACUCUUAGUAAGUUGUCGUGCAUACAAUAUGUAUAUUUAUUGUAACUGUGAUAAAAUGGCCAUUGAACGUUUAAAGUUACUAAUAAAUUGUAUAAAUUUAUUCGUAGUAACUAA